CAAUAUUAGAUGACAUUUUUACUUUUUACUUUUUGAAUGUGUCAAAUGAGAUUAUACGAUAGAUAAAUGUGAAAAUGAGUAAUAGUGAGAAAGAGGUUUCUUAAUUUACAACAAUUUUUAUCAUAAAUUGAAGUACAAUGAAAUUCAUUUCAAAAAGUGGUAAAUUUAACAGAAAAUAAAUAGUAAGCUGUAUAGCAGCAGUAACAACACUGAAGAGAAACAUGAUAACAUUUGAUGUAUCUGACAUGAUGAACGCUGCCCCCCCUGAUACUCAUUCAGAAGAUGCAACUGGAAUGGAGGAGACUCCAUCAUCAAUGGUGUCGAGCGAGGCGGAGUCGGAAGGCAGUGUGAUAUCGGAACAAAGAGCCCAUGACAGUGAAGCUCCGAUGCCCUUCAGCACCGACGCCAGUAUCUCAGAUGCUCACGGCUCGCUGGACAGGUCCGCACCAACACUCACUGCCAAUGACUGGAGAAACGUCGGCAACUCGCUGGCAUCAAUUAUAUCUACCAGAGGCUCAAUGCUACCAUGGGGUCCACACAAAGGCCCCAUAAUACCACCUACCGAUAUGGACCUACGUCCAGGAGAGUAUGUCAUGAGGCUAUUAUUUACUGAAUUCACAGUUCAAGCUGAGAGGAAAAUGGAAGCAGUGAUGGCUGAACCACUGGAAAAGCCUUUGAACAAAACUCUUCAGCGUGGUGAAGAUCCUCAACUCGAUCAGAUUCUAUCAGCAUUUGGCACUGUCGCUGAGCACUGCCUACCUUCUUUACUUCGGGCCCUGUUUGGCUGGCUUGAACGUCAAAUGGCUGAUUCACCACAGCUCAGUGAACAAGCAAAAAAGCCAGCACAUGAUUCACGUAACAAAAGCAGCAUAAUCUACAUAGUAGCGGGCAGUGGGGCUGGCACGGAGACGACUGAACGUAGCCCCGAGGAGUUGCAAGCCGAGAGACGAGAUCUGGCUGUGGAGUUCCUCUUCUGUCUCGCGCUGAUAGAAGUGCUACGUCAGCUGCCCUUCCAUCCGGGACACGAAGAUCUAGUGCAUUACAUUGAAACGCUGGCUUUCAAACGAUUCAAUUAUAAAGAAGGGCUCCAAUCGAACCCUAACGCGGCGAACGUGCAUAUAAUUGCUGACCUAUACGCAGAAGUAAUCGGCGUCCUGGCGCAAUCACGCUUCUCCUCCGUGCGCAAGCGCUUCACAGCAGAACUCAAGGAUCUCAAGUCUCGAGAACCAUCACCGCAUUCGACACAAAGCAUAAUAUCAUUAUUGAUGGGCAUGAAGUUCUUCCGAGUGAAGAUGGUGCCCAUCGAAGAAUUCGAGGCAUCAUUUCAAUUUCUUCAAGAAUGUGCCCAAUAUUUCCUUGAGGUGAAAGAUAAAGAUAUAAGACAUGCGCUCGCUGGACUCUUCGUUGAGAUCUUAGUACCAGUGGCUGCGACGGUAAAAAACGAAGUGAACGUCCCAUGCCUCAAGAACUUUGUCGAGAUGUUAUACAGUCACACUCUAGACGCGAGCACCAAGUCUAAGCAUCGUUUGGCAUUAUUCCCUCUCGUCACCUGUCUACUCUGCGUCUCUCAGAAGCAGUUCUUCUUAGCAAACUGGCAUUGCUUCCUUGCCAUGUGUCUCUCACAUCUCAAGAAUAGGGAUCCGAAGAUGUGCAGAGUGGCACUAGAAGCACUAUAUCGCCUGCUAUGGGUCUACAUGAUAAGAAUCAAGUGUGAGAGCAACUCGGCCACCCAUUCCCGAUUGCAGAGUAUUGUCAACUCUCUGUUCCCGAAGGGAUCCAAAGGUGUUGUCCCUCGGGAUACUCCCUUGAAUAUAUUUGUCAAGAUAAUUCAGUUCAUAGCUCAGGAAAGAUUAGAUUUUGCUAUGAGAGAAAUAGUUUUUGAUCUACUUAUGGUGGGAAGACCGAUAAAGAUAAUUAUGACACCUGAAAGAAUGUCUAUUGGUCUUCGAGCGUUUUUAGUUGUCGCUGAUAGUCUUCAACAGAAAGAAGGCGAACCGCCAAUGCCACGGACUUCGGGUACUUUACCAUCUGGGAACACUUUGAGAGUUAAGAAAACUUUUCUUAAUAAAAUGUUGACCGAUGAAACAGCAAGGUCUAUUGGUAUGAGUGCUUACUUUCCGUACGUCCGACGUGUGCUUGUGGAGAUAUUGAGAGCAUUGGAUGCUCACUACGGUAGGCCAUUGAUGUUGACAAAUACACAGAAUGUUACCAAAGAACAAGAGAUAAAUACGGGCGAGAGGAAGCCUAGGAUUGAUUUGUUCAGGACCUGCGUUGCUGCAAUCCCACGGCUUAUCCCCGAGGGUAUGAGUUCAAGUGAGCUGGUGGACCUGCUGUGCCGGCUGACGGUGCACAUGGACGAGGAACUCCGCGGCCUGUCCUUCCAGAGCCUCCAGACCCUCAUCGUCGACUUCCCGGAGUGGCGGCAGGACGUGCUCACAGGCUUCACGCAGUUCCUCGCCAAAGAUGUACAGGAUACAACACCGCAAUUGGUCGAGAACGGUCUUCGAAUGCUGCUCCAGUUGAUAACAAGCUGGAAGAACGGGGAGCCAGUGGCGACUGUGCCCGCGACACCUAUGAAGCACGAACCACUGGUCUCUGUGCUCAGAGGCGCGGAGGCUCUGGGCCUGGUCAUGCUGUGUCAGUGCAAGUCAUAUCCAAGGAGAUUGGCUGUACACAUACUGAGAGAAAUCAAGUAUCUACUAGAAAAACUUCAACUAACACGUGAGGAGCCGGCUUUAAUCGACGCGGCCGACGCGCACGUGCCGUACUUUGCUGAGAAAUGUCUGCCGCUGCUGCCCCCUGCUGAGAAGCAAGCUAUACUAGCUGCAGGACAGCCGGACCUCGUGUGGAUAGCAGAGCGUAGCCACGCCGUAUGGACUGCCGGAAUACAACAUGAUGAAACAUCGACUAAGAACAGCUGGAGUGCUAGUGCUACUAACGGAGCUGAUCCCUGGGAGGUAAUUUUGUACGGGCUAUUGGAGCGUAGUCGUGUACCUGCUCGCUGUCCAGCCACUAUACUGCAGGCUUGGCCAAUUCUACAUGCUAGAAUACACGCGCUCUACACCAUUAUAGAACCAGCGCCAGUAAGUGACAAUCGCGCUUCGUUGCUCUCUCGCAGUCCCGCUUUACCCAGAAAACCUGAGAAGGAAAGAGAUGGAUAUAUGCAGGUGUGGAAGUAUUACAUGACAAUGGCGUACUUAGUUGUACCUGCCGUGCCCAGUCCUAUCAUCCGUUGCGCUAGUCCCGAUUUAAGUCUAAGCCACGCGGAGCCAGAGGGGUGGGUCGGGCCGGCCGCGCUGACCGGCUCCAGCGAGAGCCUCAACGCCCCCGGCGGCUUCUUCACGCUGCCCCUCAGCUAUGCCCGAGCGCACAGGCAUCACAAGCGGACGAGUUCGUCGCCGGACUCGCUGAGCGAGCGGAGCGGCGGAGAGGCACGGGGCGCGCACGCCGCGCCCGCCUCGCUCCACAAGCUAGCCGCGCCGCUGGUGCGCUGCGAGGUGUCUGAAGUGCGCGACGCCGCCGUUUCUGCCUGCGGACAUAUCAAUCCUGAUGCACUCAAGGACUUGUUCGAAGAGCUUCUGCCCAUUUUGCGUGAAGCUGUUGAUCGCAAACAAGAGAAUAUGCGGCGGCGACGUCGCAGAGACGCACUUCGUCUGCAUCUCAACAAAAUGUUACUCAUUAUCGCGAGGCGGAAUACAUUUUCGAGCAGUACAUUUGCAUUGGAGAGCGGUGGGCUGCACUCCUCUAUAACCGAGUACCUGGACGGCGUGCGACAAUGCCUCGAGGCGGAGACGGACAAGGAUGCGGCCGCGGCGCGCGAACAGCGACUUACUUUUGCCGACUUUGUCACUGAACUUGUCAAGAGUUUUCCUAUUGAGAUGUACGGUACUCUGAUGAAGAAAGAAUUGUGCCGCGGCCUGUUCUCAUUGUUCGCGAGCUGCUGCGGGCCGUUGGCGAAGCACCUUGGCUCUCUGGUGACGCAGCCACCCACUCCUCAGCCCCAACCACAACAGGCUCACGACACCGACGAUAGGCUUAACCUAUCCGCACUCACGGCAAUGAGCGCGCUCGUGUGCUGCGGGCCGUGCUUCGCCCCGACUGCGCUCGCUGAAGACGGCGCCCUCUAUCCCUGGCUCAGUGAAAUGCUCUCUUCUACUAACGAUAAGAUAUACGAAUUGGCUCGCGAGACAAUCGUAUUGCUUUUGGAACGCAACCCCGACAUAGGACCGCUAUUAGACUGGACAGUGGACAAAUGUUUUACCGGCCCACCACGAGUUGCUGACGGAUGCUUCAUGGCAUUGGCUACUAUAUUUAGCGCUAGGGAAUAUCCUUGCGACCACUACACGGCCAUCAUCAAUGUGACGUUGAUGUGCACCGGUUGUCCGCGCGCACCUGUGCACGAGAGCGCCUUGCAGCUGCUGCAGCUCCUUGACAAGCGGUUCUUUGGUAGCGUGAGCCCCAUAGCGACGGACGACGACGGAUCUGAGAAGGGGAAGGGUACUCUUGACGUGCUCCUCUGCACCACGUACUGUCGCUCCCAGCUGUACCUGUCCCGGCAGCUGUCCCAACUGCACCCGGAACUCACCAUGCCCAUGUUCUCAGAAAUAACAGCUCGCUUCCAAACCGCAAGAACUGAGGUCCGUCAGUUGCUGCUGCAGUACCUGCUGCCUUGGCUUGUGAACAUCGAGCUGCUGGACCCUAAUGUCCCUCCUGCGAAUCCACUCUCAUACAUACAGUACUACGCGUCGGAGGGAGGUCGCAGCGUGCGGCGAGAGGGCCUCGGCUCUGUGGAAGCUACUGAAAUGGUCCUCAAUAAUUUAUUCUACAUCACUGCAAAGUUCUCGGACAACCACCCAAAGGAGAUCGAAGAGCUAUGGUCGACGCUGUGCGCUUGCUGGCCAAACAACCUAAAGGUUAUUAUUCGGUACCUCAUCAUUGUGUCUGGGAUGGCGCCCAACGAACUCUUACCAUAUGCGAAGCGCGUAGUGUUGUAUCUGGCGCGGUCACGGCCUGAGAGACUUCUGGACGAGAUGAUGACGGAGCUGCAGACUGUUGAGACCCUCAACUGCCUCAUCGAGCGCACUGAGACACCGCCCUUCUACAGGCUCACAUCGAUGCGCAAGGCCACGUCUGGGCACAGCGACGGCCCCGGCACUGGAUCACAAGAUGCCGCAGGUCGAACUGGUGAAUUGGCUCCAAUAGAAAAAGGCACGAUUCAUACGAAGAGGCACAGCGGCGAAGACCCGGCUAAAUCUUGCGUGGGUAAAGCUUGCGAGACACCGGGGGCGAGGGGGCAGGACAAGCGUUCGUCGGGGCCACCGUGCACGCCCCCCGUGGACGACGAGCCCCCAGCGCCCUCUGACGGCGACGCCACACCGACCGGCUUGGGUCCGGAGCUGCACGCUACUCCGACCGGCAGCGCGCCGGCGACGCCACAGGAGGCCAGGGUGGACGCCCCUCAGCCCCGGCCCUUGCCCAUGCCUGAGUACGGCGGUUACUUCGCACUCCUCACCGAGUACUUACCUGACAGCAACCAACCUAUCUCAGGAUUCCACAGAUGCAAUGUUGCGGUGAUGUUGCUAUGCGACGUGGUACUGGACGGCGUCGAGAUUGAUUGGUCGAUACAUGUACCACUUAUGCUGCACAUUGUAUUCCUCGGAAUGGACCAUACAAGAUGGAUAGUACACCAGCACUGCCGGCAACUGCUACUCAACCUGCUGGUGGCUGUGGCGGCGCACCACGACCAUCUGACGGUCGCGCGCACGCUGCUCGCCAGCCGCAGCGCGCACCUCGGCCUUACGGUUACCGCUCCCCCACUGCCCCUACUACAGCAUAACUUUACUGAGCCGGACGCUACAUUCGAUAAGACGACUCAAUGCGCGCACUCUCCGCGCGCGACCGCACGCUCGCUCAGUACUGAUCCUCAGGUCACGCCUGAAGGUGAGACGGACAAGUAUCCGUCUCUGCCGGUGAUUAUAACUGGUGAGGGUGAGGCGGGCGAGGCGGAGGGUGAGGGUGGCCUGGAGGCGGGAGACGCGGGGGAGGCAGAGCUGCCCGUUGCUGACGUCAUCAAGUCCCUCGUGCACUUCCUAGCAAACAGACCCACGCAUAUGCCCCUUUGGCAAUAUGAAGAUAUUACAGCUAAAGUGUGGAGCCUGCGUAGCUGCCAGCAGAUGGCGACGCUGGCGCGUCACGCGCUGCGCGUCUUCCGCGAGUCGUUGCCGCACGCUCUAGUUUCGGAGCGGUGGGCGCAGACCGCACUGCAGCUCGGCCUCUCCUGCCCCUCGAGGCACUACGCCGGACGAUCGCUGCAGGUGUUCCGUUUCAUCGGUGUAGCGAUGACAGGGCGCAUGGUGACAGACAUCCUGUCUCGUCUCGUGGAGACAGUCGCGGAACAGGGCGAGGACAUGCAGGGAUAUGUCACGGAGCUGCUUCUGACCCUGGAAGCGGCGGUCGACUCCCUUGAGUCUAACUUCCGACCGCUCGAUUAUAUGCGUGACAUCUUCAAAUCUACACCCAAUCUGAACAACAAAGAUGGCGGACAACAACCCAACGGAACACCGUUUACCGCAGGCAAGCGGUCGCCGGGCGUGUGCGUGGGGUGCGCGAGCAACCAUACACGCAGUACGAGCUACUCCGUGUCCGCGCCAUACUGCGUGCGUAAACCCAACGCUACGGCAAGCAGCGCGGACAAACAGUCGCACGACCGCAGUCGACCGUGCAGCGACUCAUCUAAAGGAUGUUCUAAUUUGUGCCGCUCGCGAUCCGCCCAGUCUCUCAAGUUGCUUGGCGACAGUGCAACACAGGACGACAAGCUGACGAUCCUGGCGACGUUGUUCUGGGUGGGCGCGUCACUGCUGGAGUCUGACUACGAACAUGAGUUCCUGCUGGGCGUGCGGCUGUUGGCGCGCGUCAUGGCUCGCCUGCCACUCGACAGGCCCGACGCACGAGACCGCCUCGACCGCACCCAGGCGCAUGCAGCGCCCGCACUCCAUGCACUCCUGCUCAAGGGUUGCACUCAUCCCAAUACAUACGAGCCGGUAGUGGGCGUGCUAGCGGACAUGAUCCCACUGCUGGAGCUUCCCGUGAUCGAUCCCACACAGUCCAUGGCAUUCCCCAUGACUGUAGUUGCAUUGCUGCCAUACAUGUUGCUACACUAUGAGGACGCAACAGAACUCUGCGUCAGGGCGGCUUGUCAUAUCGCACAGUUCACAGCUGAGAAGAGCAAGAAACUAGAGAAUUUGGGCACAGUGAUGACGCUGUACUCUCGCCGAACCUUCAGCAAGGAGAGCUUCCAAUGGACCAAAUGCGUUGUCAAAUAUCUCUGGGACACCUACUCUCAUCUCUCACUGCAGAUGCUCGCCUUCCUCGUUGAAGUGCUCGAAAAGGGUGCAGCGAGCCUGCAGCCUGCUGUGCUGUCCAUUCUGCACUGCAUGCUGCACUACGUGGAAUUGAACGCGCCCGCCGCACAACCAGUCAACGCUGACCUCCUGCGUGCAGUAUCCAAGUUCAUCGGUCAAGACAAUAACAAUUACAAGGAGGCGAUGAAGAUUCUCAAGUUGGUAGUAACACGGUGUUCAACGUUGGUCGUUCCCCCGCACUGGGACAGCCACGCGUCGUCUAUACUCGACACUGAACUGCACGGCAAGAAGGAGUUGCCAGGCCGUACUAUGGACUUCACGUUCGACCUGUCUCAGACGCCGGUCAUCGGUCGCAAGUACCUGCCGAAGAGCGGCAGUCAGCCUCCGACAGGACCUAGUUCCUUGUCCAACGCGUCCUCAACAACGCCUGAUAAAGGUUCGUCAACAUCGGGCUCCGCGUCAACAGUGGUGGGUCCGGAGAGCGGCGGGCGGUGCGCGGGCGCAGGUAGUAGUGCGGGGGCGGGGCCACACAGCGCUGCCUCUCCCCGCCGCUCCCUCUCACUCUCUCCCGCUGAUGCCCUCGCCUCGGGAUGGAAACGCCCCUGGAUGUCACAAAGCCGCGUGCGCGAAUGUCUUGUGAACCUCUUGACCACGUGUGGUCAAAGAGUGGGCCUGCCCAAGAGCCCAUCUGUGAUAUUCAGCCAAAGCUCGGAACUGCUGGAGCGAGAGUCGUCGAUGACGUCAUCGCUGGAGGAGGUCUCCGGCACGCCCGGCAACGAGCCAUCAGGCGGCGCCCCGCCCACCGACCACUUCGGUGUCUUUAAGGACUUUGAUUUUCUCGAAUAUGAAAGCGAAAGCAUAGAGGGUGAGAGUUCCGACAACUUCAACUGGGGCGUGCGGCGACGGCUGCCAAGCGAGGAGCGGCCGGCUGCGGGCUCGGGGGCGGGGACCAGCGCGAUGGACCGCAGCCCCCCGCCGCAGCGCGCAAGGCAUCACCACCAUAGGCUGUUAGGGCAUGAGGACUCGUCCGACGAGGAGGGCGUGUGGGAAGAAGGCGGAGCACGUGGGGAUGCGGACGCUAGCGGCGCCGGGGGCGCGGGCGGGGCGCACGAGCUCACGCUGCGCACACGCGCACACUCCUUCUCCAGCGCCUCCAGUGGUGAGCCUGAUGGAGAGCGCGGCGAUGUGACCCCAGUGCCGAGCGGCGGGGGCGGGGCUAGCGGUGUCGUGGCCGCGAACAUCGCGGGCGUGGCUACCAGCGCCGCGUUGCGCGAUGCUUGGCGCUGCUCGGUGGCCGCUCUGCUGCGGCACGCUGCACACCUGCCGCCGGUCGCUCUCGUUCAUCGGCUGCACACCGUACUCAAGGAGGUGACAUGCAAGACGGUGUCGGUGUGCGGGGAGAGCGCGCUGGGCGGCGCGGGUGCUGGCGAGCUGGCGGCGGUGGUGGCGCGGCUGGCGGGGGAGGAACCGCCGCUGCUUUGGGCAGGGCCUGCAGCCGCGGAUUGUGCGCGCGUGCGCGAUGCCGUGCGUUUUGCCGCUCUAGAGAUCAAUGAACAUCUCGAGACUUAUUUUGAUCGACGUGAACACGCACUAGAGAUGCUGGAGCUGUCCCGCAGCGGCGAGGAGACAGCACGCAGUUUGUACAAGCUCAUCUUCCAGCUGCUGCUGCUUCUCGAGACCAACAAUAAGAUGGUUGUAGCCGUUUACCACGCGGCACUCGAUAAUAGGGGUGUUGAGAUGAGCGCGGCAGUGUGUGCGGUGCGCAACGCUCUCGCUGCCAGCGCGGCGGACUCGUGGGGUGAGACGGGUGAGGCGUGCGAGGGGGUGGAGCGGGGUGAGGGCGGCGACGUCUCCGCCUCCCCCUCGCCCGCCCCCGCCCACCACGACGACGCCAAGCUCACACAACUCAUGCAGCGACAGAGGUGGGCGGCCGCGCUGGCUCUGGUGCGCGAACGUAACGCCGAGCGCAUCUUGGAGCGCGGGGAGCUCCCGGAGGAUGAUGUCACCAGCUUGCUGCACGUCUACUGUAAGGGCCUCGCACAAGCGCAUCCAGAAAUGGUGGCUAUCACUCGUCCAGUGAACGAGCUGUCGCAGAACUUGUCGUUCAUGAUGGAGAGUCUGUACAAGGUGUCGGUGGCUCUGCAGCGUCAGGACUACUGAUGCCAACGCCAGCGAGCGCCCCGCGCCCCGCGUGCCUCAGCUCAUCGCACGCCGUACUUGAAGCCACCUCCAUAAACCAUGCCCAUAUACAAAAUGGCUAUAGACAACAACAAUGUAUAUGUCAAACUUAUCUGACAUUUGUCUAACCAUAAAGUGUCUACUAGAUCUGAUAGUAGUGCGUUAUAAAUGGGGAGAAAAACUGAAAGCCCUACGUAGGUGGCGCUAGCGCCAAGAGUGGGCUGCCACCUGUCAACUUUUUAAAUGGCAUUCUAGCGAUUUUUAAAGGAAGGAAUACCUUCCUCAUUUAAUCAUUAAUAAUCUACAAACUGUCUUUAAUUUUUUUUUCAGUAAAAUAAGAGUGAAGUCUUUACUAUGACAACAGUCCACAGAGUACUUUGUUUAUAAAAUAAAGUUUUUUUUUUUACAUAUCUGUGGUAUAUUUAGUGAGCGAAAGCCAGUUUUUCUCCCCAUAAUCAUGUCCUAACCUCACGUCAAUGAUCUCGUUUCACCUUUUAUCUUGGUUUAUCCAUAUUUUGAUAUCUUUAACUUUCAUUUCCUUUUAAUAUCCUAACUGAUCUCGAUAACUGAUACAUAAUAAUUAAUAAACAAUUAUUGGAUGAUUAAGGAAAGCCCGUAAUAUUUUGUGAAACGGCAAUAACAAAAGUUACUAUUACCAAAUAUUUGUAAGCGCCAAAUUGUGCGAAACUAUUCACAACUCUAUUACUAUGGAUUUUGACUGCAAUGACACUCUUUUAUCUCUGUUUUGUCAAAGAGAAAGACAGGGAUGUCAAUAUAUCAAUGCGGUCAGAAAAAUUCUGUAUGUACUAUACUAUAAUUAAUGUUCUUAAAUCACAAUGUUAGUGAUCACAUUUUAAAAAUAAUCCUAAUGAAUAAAGGAAUUUUACUUCUGUUAUUUCGAUCAAUUAAAUAUUCUUAUAAUUGAAUUAUUAAAAUAUUUCUGU